AUGCACGCUUCUCUUGCCUUCCUCGCCGCGUCGCGUCGACGUCGUCUGUGCCAUCAUCGCCAAUAUCCUACAUUUUCGGCACGACUUGCUUCGAUGAAACGUAUCUUCGAUCUCCUUGACGAUAUUCUUGAGCGAAUGGCACCCCUCAUGGACGUGAGGAUGUCUGAGCCUCUCGCCUCCAGCUUGACAAACCAGACACCCGGAUACAGCUUUCAUGGUCGACAGACAAGUGAUACUCUUGCUAGGCCGCUCGAUGCUUGGAGGGACAAGUUGAAGGAUCGUGGAGCAAUCAUUGCGACACGUAGGCAAGGCCACCAAUCUAUCACUAUCGGCUGCCUUUCGGUGUCGAAUCUGGCGGCAUAUAGAUCACGCCGAGCGCAUGCGUUCGGUUGUUAUCAGUAGCCAAGAGCUGGUGAAGUUAUCUGCGUGUCGACAUCGAAGAUCAACGUCUCAUUGUUAGAGCUCCGGAGGUGAUGCCUUCACUGCUCGUUGAGGAGCAAUUACCCCCUCAAUGA